UUUUUUUUGCGCUAAACCGAAACUGAGUCCGCUGUAUUUGGUGUGAGACUGUGAACACUAUCUAAAGCAAACACCCCUGACUGACUCCUCUUCAUAUUUUGCAGGUGAUAGACCCCUUCGAGGAAUAUGCCUCCACAGGUUUUAUGGGAAUGUGAAUGUUGUAGAUAGUGAUGAUUCAUCGAUCUCAGUGGAUGACAUUAUGGAGGACCUUAUUAUACCUGAGACUAGUCAUAGCAGCAUCAGCAGUGAUGUUUCAACCUCUCAAACUGCUCAAUGCAAUAUUCCUGCUGCCUCUAUUCAAAUGAUUCCUCAGUCAUGUGCUGAUGAUGAUGGCAAUAUCCAGCAAAGGUGCUCUGGCCUCAAGACCGAUUCAGAUUCCGAUUCAGAUUCUGACCUCCCACUCGCUUCUCUUCAAAAUAGACCUCAGGUAUGCUCUUCAAAUGUAGAGCAAAGUUCAAAGAGGCCUGCUGCUGCUGCUCUAAUCCCUGCAGUACCUACAAAGAAACAAAAGUGUGAGUUAUCAACUAAGAAGACUGCGUCCAAGCCAAAUAAGAACAGAGUCCUAUCCAAAGCCUCACAUAGCAGAGAGAAAAGUAAACUAACACUCAACCCUCCAAAAAAGAAGAAAAAUGCAAAAUCUGAGAGGGAUUUAGAUGAUGAACCAUUGAGCAGUUUGCUAAAACAAGUGAAUUCUGAGUCUAACAAGCCCAAGAAGGGAAAAAAGUUAAAGUCUGUAAUUGAAUCCAAGGCCCCGCCAAGCCAAAAGAGAACGGAUUCAACCACCCCUGCAGCCAACCCUCAGAAAAAAAAGAAGAUAAAUAAAACACCUGCUGCCUGUACAGAGACAAAUAUUAAAGAUGGACCGUCAUGCACUUUGGGUAAACCAGUAAAUUCUAAGAGUAAGCCAAACAAUUCAAAGACGGAAGUACCAUCUAAGGUCCUGCCAAACAAAAAGGAGAAAGCUGUAACAACUCCCGCACCCAUCCCUCAGAAAGAGAAGCAAAUAAUUAGUACUCCUGCUACCUGUACAGAGACACAUUUUAAUAAUGGAUCGCUGAGCAAUGUGGAUAAACCAGUGAAUUCUAAGCCGAACAAGUCAAAGAAGUCAAACACGGUUGUAACAUUCAAGGCCCCGCAAAGCCAAAACAACUCCACUCCUGCACCUAACCCUCAGAAAGAGAAGAUGAUAAAUAAUACACCUGCUACCUGUACAGAGACAAAUUUUAAAGUUGGACUGCUGAGCAAUUUGGAUGAACAAGUAAAUUCUCAAUCGAGUAAGCCAAACAAUUCAAAGGCGGAAGCACCAUCCAAGGCCAUACCAAGCAAAAAGGAAAAAGAUGAUACUACUCCCUCACCCAACCCUCAGAAAGAGAAGAGGAUAAUUAAUUCACCUGCUACCUGUUCAGAGACAAGUCCAAAUGAUGGACCGCUGAGCAAUUUAGCUACACCUGAAAAUUCUGAGUUGACCAAGUCAGACAAGGAACUCUCACCUAAGAUGCAGCUAAUUGAAAAGGAAAUACACUCUAUGGCAGCUUCUGAAUUGAAUGGUGUUGUCACAUCUCCCUGUGAUUCUUCCAUACCUUUAGAUUUAUCUCAAACUUCCAGUGGCGAGCCAUUACCAUUCCAUAAUGAAUCAAUGGCGGUGUCCUUUCUUGCACAUAAUCAAACACCUAAAGCCGCUGAGAUUCCUGCACCUUUGAGGGAAGUUAGUCUGACCAAUGAUGAAAACAAAGUGACAAUCUUUCCUGGGACCAGCUCUACCAACCCUACUCACGAUAAGGAGAAUAUUGGAACUAAACCAAAACGUAAAUCUGGUUUUGAUUACUACUUUGGGAACUGGGGACCAGGGUCUAAACCUUUAGUUCAAUCUGCUACAUUAAAUCAGAAUGUGGUAUCUGAAGAUUCUACUCAACAUAAUAAAUCCCAGGAUGUCAGCAGAAAUAAAAGAUUUAGUACUUCACCAUCCUUUCAGACAUCUGUAUCCAAAAAAACUAAUGAUUCUCCUCAAAUACUUAAGAAUGUAACAUUGAAUAAAACAUUCUCUCCUGAAGUCUUUUCCACGCCUAUGGUAAGCCCAGCAGCUUCACAGUCUCACAACUCUAAGCCAACCAGCAAGGCGAAACUUUUCAUUGAAGGUACUGUUGCAGAAGACCCUUUUGUAGACCCUGAUGAACCUGCAAAUCUUGCUGAGCCCUUGCAAUCUGAUGGUGAAGACAAUGGAAACAGAUCAUCAAAUAUUGGAAAACAAAUAAAUUUGAGAAGGAGACUUACCAAGCCGCAGAAGACUCAACCUUCGGAAACUGAUAGCUCUGAGAGUGAUAGUGAUUUCUCACCAUCUGAAGAAGAAUAUUUGCCAGAAAAAACUAUUCGUGAUAAAAAUCUUGGUCAAAGGUGCAAAAGCAAAAGCCAGAGGUUAAACCGUGCCAAAACUGCAGUAGCUAAAAAGAAAAAUGUGCAGGUUGUCCAGGCUUCAACUAGUGGUCAACCCAGUGAUUCUUCCUCUAAUAAUUCUUCUGGUGAUGAGUCAGAGACAGAAUCAGAAUCAGAGUCAGAGGCAGAGCAGCCCAAAACAGCUACAAGAAAAAGGAAGCCAAAGAAACAAUCUGAUAUUCCAGAACCUGAUUAUGUGUGGUGUGAUGAUGAUAUCACAGAAACUGUAUUGGGAGUAAUUCCCCAUUCAGCCUCAUCCCUAAAAGAACCCAUCGAAUAUUUCAAUAUGUUUUUUUCUGACAACAUUCUUCAAACAAUGGUUGAGGAAACCAAUAUGUACAGCCAGCAAAGAGGUGGUGAUGAUUUACAUCUUACUAUUGAAGAAUUAAGGAGGUUCCUAGGGCUCUGGAUUUUUAUGGGCAUAUGUACUUUACCCUGUUAUGAGGACUACUGGUCAGGUAUCACCCGUGUCCGAUUUGUGGCUGAAGCUAUGCCAAUUUCAAGAUUCAAAUUGAUUCGGGCAAGGCUACAUCUAAUUGACAACUCAACGAUACCAAAAGAUAAUAAGGACCCUCUAAUCAGAGUGCGCCCGUUACUUCAACAUAUCAAGCAGAAGUGCAAUAAUCUCCCUCAACAUACCGCUACUUUUAGCAUAGAUGAAUCCAUGAGUCCUUAUAAAGGAACCAAGGCCGGCCCACUGCGUCAAUACAUUAAGGGUAAACCCCACAAAUGGGGCUUUAAGGCCUUCAUGCUCACUAGCAGUUCUGGAUUAGUUUAUGAUUUUAUUGUGUACUCUGGUGGCCAAACAUUUGAGUUAGAGGGAGUUGUUGAACAAGAAGGACUUGGUGUUGGUGGCAACGUGGUGUUUCAUCUGUGUCAAACGAUUUAAAAACCU